AUGGCUUCUGGUGAGUUGGUAAUGGGUAUUCUCUUCUUCUUCCAGAGUGGAGUUGGGCUUCUAGGCAAUUCCUCACUCCUCUAUCAUUAUACAUUGACUUUGUUCACUAAACACACUCAAAGACCCACAGAUCUAAUUUUCAGCCAGUUGGCCUUUGCCAACUUCCUGGUUCUUUUCUCUAGGGGAAUCCCUCAGACACUGGCUGCUUUUUGUAUGGAAUAUAUCCUGGGAGAAGUUGAGUGUAAGGUUUGCUUUUAUGUUCACAGAGUGGCCCGAGGGGUUUCUCUGUGCACCACCUGCCUCUUGAGUGGGUUCCAGGCUGUCAUAAUCAGCCCGAGUAAUUCUAGGUGGGCAGAACUCAAACCUAAAGCUCCAAAAUUUGUUCAACCCUUCUGUUCCUUCUGUUGGAUUCUCCAUCUUCUAAUAAAUAUUAUUGUGCCAAUGAAAGUGACUCAGCCAGACAACACUACAAACAUGACAGAAAGAAAUUUUGGAUUGUGUUCUGUAAAAAAGACAGAUUCAUUUACACCCUUACUCUCUACAUUCUUGUUUACCUUCCUUGAUAUUUUGUGUUUGGCACCCAUGGCUUGGGCCAGUGGCUCCAUAGUGUUCUUCCUGCAAAGACAUAAGCAGAAAGUCCAAUACAUUCACACCAGCCUCUGUCCCAGAGCCUCCCCGGCAACCACUGCAAUUCACAUUGUUCUGCUUCUGGUGAGUUCAUUUGUUUCCUUUUAUUUCCUCUCCUCCGUCUUAUCGCUUUAUAUGACUUACUUUGACAACACAAGCCUGGGCCUGAUAAACACGAGUGUAUUCCUAGCUGCUUGUUUUCCAGCUAUCAGCCCCUUUGUGCUUGUAAGUUAUGAUACUCAAAUAUUCAGAACCUGCUUUGUCAGUUGUGGGAAAACUAAAACCUCUAUGUAG